AUGCUAAAUUAGGCUCAAUAAAAUUCAGGAGGAGCAAUUUAUGCUUCUAACUCUUAUAUUAAUAUAAAUAAAUGCAUUUUUUAGAAUAAUAUAUCUAAAAAGGAAAGAGGAGGAGCUAUCUAUUCUGAUAAUACUUAUAUCAUAAUAAGCAAUUCUAAUAUUAUAAAUAAUAUUGCCUAUGUGGGUGGUGGAGUUUAUUAUAAUAAAAUGAAUACAAUAGAUGUUGAUAGAGCUAGCUAAAUUUAUGGAAACAAAGGAAGAUUCUAUGGUGAUAAUUUAGGUUCUUAUCCAAGAAAGCUAUUAAAAGUCGAUUUAAAAACAAAAUAGAUUUACAGCAAAAUAGUAAUUCAAAACUUUCAAAGUGGCAAUUAUACAAAAUAACCUAUAUUUGUGCAAUAUUUUGAUGAAGAAAAUAAAAUAUUAAAUUUUAACAUUGCAGAAUCGCCUAAUUAGCUUUCUCCAAGCAUAAAAUAAGAGAUACAAAAUUAUUAAAUAUCAAUAGCAAAUUCAACUGAAAUAAAAGACUUAACUAUAAUUUUAGGAUAAUAGUUGCAAUAUAUAAAGAAAAUCAAUUUAUUUUAACUAAAUAUAACAGCAGGAAAUUAUUAUAAAACUGAUUUCUAAUUGGUUUUAUAUUCAGAGUUUUUUGGCAUGAAGCUUACUUUAGAUGUAUUCCUCAGUUUUAGAAAAUGUCAAAUCGGAGAAAUUUUAUAUCCAAAGCAAGGAUAUAUCUCCUGCGAUUAAUGUAUAUAAGGCACUUAUUCUGUAGUUAAUCCAUACUAAGGGUAAAGCAAUAAUCCUGUUCAGUGCUUAAAAUGUCCCUCAAAUAAAGCAAAGUUAUGUUAUUCUAACAGGAUAAUUUUGUAAGACAAUUAUUGGAGAGAAUCAAAUUAAACGGAUAUUAUUUAUUCUUGCGAUACUAUAGGAUGUAGUGAAACAUCUUAUAAUUAAAUAAAUGGCUGUAUAAAAGGAUAUAUAGGUCCAUUAUGCAAUACUUGUGAUUUUAAAGGAAAAAUAUGGUAAAAUAGCUAUGCUUAAAAAGGUAAAGAAUGUAUUGAAUGUGCAAAAGUAGUAGAUUUAUAUAUUUAUUUGAUUUUGCUAAUAUGUUUAUAUGCUUUAUAUAUUGUAAAAAGCAUAUUUUUUAACUACUUAUAAAUACUAUCAUCAUCAAUUGAUGUGUAUAAUUAAAUUCCUAAUAUUAUUGGAAGUACAUUUAAAAUAGCUGGGGAUCCUGCGUAAGUAACUUACACAAAUUUAGAUUGUAUUUACAAGGAUUGGAUAAUUUCUUAGCUUUGGUUUAACAGCCUUCAAUUGUUAAAUUGCUUGUUUCUCUUUGCUUAUGUAAAAGUAUAGGAACUAAAGUCUAUAUGCUUAAUGAUCUUACCUAAUAGUGUUGGACAAGUUAACAUAUACUUUUUUCAGUAGGAAUCAUAUAUCCGCUUACAAUAGUUUGGUGUAUAGGAAUACCAUUGA